UCGGUGGAGAGUCAGGAGACGAACAAACCUGGCGGCUGUUGAGGAGCCUGUGAACGGCAAAUCACUCACAACUGACACGCUGUUUGGUCUCACUGGAUGUGUUUUCCCUCCUGUGAUGGUCGGACGCCAUCGCAUGUCGCCCAGUCAAACAACAGAGCCAAAGGGGCGACCAAAAAACACUCCAUUUGUCAAUUUGACAGAGCAGCUAACGUUAGCGGUGUUUUACUAGCCAGCUAACAUUACACGAACACGGCUUGUAGAGGCUAGUUAGCUCCCCCAGCUAACGUGCUAGCCUCUGUUAGUUACAAACACUUGACUUGCUGCUGGUGGAGGAGCCGAGGAGCGAAGAAGGAGCGUUUUAACCUCACUGGAGCCUGUGCCGUUAGCUUCACCAAGCUUCAAAGGAUAUAUCUCGGUUUGGAUACACGACCAAGAGGAAUCACUGGAGAGGCCUGCUGUCUUUGUUCACCUCCACAUUUCUGAGCCUCCCACCUUCCACCCUCGGUGCCCCUGGCUCGGUCGGUGGCUCAGCAUCACUUCAAAGGGGAAGGUCUGUGGUGCUGCAGAUAACAACGCUGUACCCCCAAGCACAGGCAAGCUUUUCCAGAGCCCCUACACAGUCCCUCGACUGACAAGAAAGAAUCAACCCUUGGAGUCGGACCUGGAGUGGAGAAGACCAAUUGUGGCCUGAACAAAGACAGACAGAGAGAACUAAUGCCAAGCCCUUCUCCUCCUCAGACAGCCUAGCGAAGGUCCAGGAGGUAGCAAGCUGGCUUUUGGAAAUGAACCAGGAUCUGCUGUCGGGGGGCAGCAGCAGCAGGCGGACUCGGGGGCCGGGGGGUCCGGCAGUGCGAGGUAACGCCUCCUCCACGGCCCGGGCACCCCAGCAGGCAGCAGAGGAGGGUGAUGAGGAUGAGCACAUGAACCGGGUAGUAGAGGAGGAAGAGCAGCUGCAGCAGAGGCCUGAGGCGUCGCAGGUUGAUGGCGAGAGAGAACAAGCAUGGGCGCCAAGUGAAUCGGGAGCCAGCAAUGGCCCUCGGGGAGAGGAGGAAGGGGAAGAAGACGAGGAGGGCCCUCCAAACGAAGUGAACGGAGGAGAGAAGGGAGCCCGAUGGAUGUGGGGGGCAGAGCAGAGGCGACUGCGAGGCCAGCCGCUGGGCGAGGAGGACGAGGAGGAGGAGGAAGAGGAAGAGAACAACAACAGCAGCAGUCACCAAGAGGAGGAGGAGGCGGAGGAGAGGACAGAGGGAGGGGAGGAGCAGGGGAGGGAGGAAGAGGAGAGGGAAGAGGGCGAGGAGGAAGAGGAGGAGGAUGAGGAUGAGGAGGAGAUGGACCAAGACAGUGAUGACUUUGAACAUUCUGUGGAGAGUGGGAGGGAGGAAGAAGAGGAGGAGGAAGGAGAAGGGGAGGAAGGGCUGCGGUCUCCCUCUCUCAGGAACAAUGUGUCUGCCCCCAAUAACAACCUGGACUCGGGUUGUACACACCAAAGCUCUUCCAACAAGAAGAUGAAGAGGAAGUUGGACCAUGGCCCCGAGGUCCGAUCUUUCCCUUCAGGAAAAAAGCCCUGCAAAGGCCCGGAGUAUCCAAGCCCGACAGGCAUUGUCCCAUGUCCAGCCACACCCACCACAUUUGGCCACAUCAGAACAGCCAAUGGUCAGGGGCAGCAGAGACGGCGCAUCACCUCAAUCCAGCCACCCACGGGUCUUCAAGAAUGGCUCCGAACAUUUCAGAGCUGGACUGGCCCCGAGAAGCUGCUGGCGCUGGAUGAGUUGAUUGACAGCUGUGAGCCAACACAAGUCAAGCAUAUGAUGCAGGUGAUCGAGCCGCAGUUUCAGCGAGACUUCAUCUCCCUGCUGCCCAAAGAGCUGGCUUUGUAUGUGCUGUCAUUCCUGGAACCGAAGGACCUCCUCCAAGCAGCCCAGACGUGUCGCUACUGGCGCAUCCUGGCAGAGGACAACCUGCUGUGGAGGGAGAAAUGCAGGGAAGAAGGCAUCGAUGAGCCUCUGCUCCUCAAGAAGAGGAAAAUCGUCAAGCCUGGCUUCACUCACAGCCCCUGGAAGAGUGCCUACAUCAGGCAGCACAGAAUAGACACCAACUGGAGGAGAGGGGACCUCAAAUCACCCAAGGUGCUGAAAGGUCACGACGACCAUGUGAUCACCUGCCUCCAGUUCUGUGGCAACCGCAUCGUCAGCGGCUCUGACGACAACACGCUCAAAGUCUGGUCGGCCAUCACAGGAAAGUGUCUGCGUACGUUGGUGGGCCACACAGGGGGCGUGUGGUCAUCCCAGAUGAGAGACAACAUUAUUAUCAGCGGCUCCACUGAUCGCACACUCAAGGUCUGGAACGCAGAGACAGGAGAAUGUAUCCACACCCUCUAUGGGCAUACCUCAACAGUGCGCUGCAUGCACCUACAUGAGAAAAGGGUGGUCAGUGGCUCUCGUGACGCCACGCUGCGCGUCUGGGACAUUGAGACAGGUCAGUGUUUACACGUCCUCAUGGGCCACGUGGCAGCGGUGCGCUGUGUCCAGUAUGAUGGGCGGCGGGUGGUCAGCGGUGCCUAUGACUUCAUGGUCAAAGUGUGGGACCCCGAGACGGAGACCUGCCUCCACACGCUGCAGGGCCACACCAACAGAGUGUAUUCAUUACAGUUUGAUGGGAUCCACGUGGUGAGCGGCUCAUUGGACACGUCUAUAAGGGUUUGGGACGUGGAGACGGGCAACUGCAUCCACACGCUAACGGGGCAUCAGUCCCUCACCAGCGGCAUGGAGCUCAAAGACAACAUCCUUGUCUCAGGCAACGCAGACUCCACUGUCAAGAUCUGGGACAUCAAGACGGGCCAGUGCCUGCAAACACUGCAAGGUCCCCACAAGCACCAGAGCGCCGUGACGUGCCUCCAGUUCAACAAGAACUUUGUCAUCACCAGCUCGGACGAUGGCACAGUUAAACUGUGGGACCUGAAGACGGGCGAGUUCAUCCGAAACCUGGUGACUCUGGAGAGCGGCGGCAGCGGCGGUGUGGUGUGGCGUAUCCGGGCCUCCAACACCAAGCUGGUGUGCGCGGUGGGCAGCCGCAACGGCACAGAGGAGACCAAGCUGCUGGUGCUGGACUUUGACGUGGACAUGAAGUGAGAAGGGACGCGGUGGGGAAGGACGAAGAGCGAACCGCGGAGAGGAAGGAAUAGAGAGGGAAUGGGAGAUGAGGCACCUGGAAAACCGAAGGGCCAAAGCCCAGAACUCUUCACCCAAAAUCUACAACCACCACCACUGACAGUGGGCUGUCCUGUCCUCUACCAUUAUCUUUCCUGUCCC